AUGAAAGAGUCUGACACAAUCAAGGAGUAUUCAGACAAUUUGUUGGGUAUUGCCAACAAGAUAAAAUUAUUUGGAAGUAAUUUUGUAGAUUCUAGAAUUGUUGAGAAAAUUUUGGUGACAGUACCAGAAAGGUAUGAAGCAUCUAUUGCUUUUUUGGAAAAUACAAAAGAUAUUUCUAAAAUCACUCUUGUUGAAGUGAUACAUGCCUUCCAGGCCCAAGAGCAACGAAAAUUGAUGUGGGAAGAUUAUACUAUUGAAGGUGCUCUUCUAGCCGUGAGCCAACAAGCAAAAAACUACAAGAAUCAUCCUACCAGCAAUCAAAGCAGUGCAAAUAAUUACAACAAAGGAAAGGGUGAAAAGAAAAAUUACCCUCCUUGUCAACACUGUGGCAAAAUGGGUCACCCUCCUUUCAGAUGUUGGAGGAGACCAGAUGCUAAAUGCAUAAAGUGCAAUCAACUGGGGCAUGAAGCUGUCAUAUGCAAGAACCAACAUCAGCAGCAGGAAGAAGACGCUCAAAUUGCAAAUGAAGAGGAGGAAGAUCAACUUUUUGUUGCAACUUGUUUUUCAACCAAUGCUUCAAGUGAAUCUUGGUUAAUUGAUAAGGGUUGUACUAACCACAUGACCUUUGACAAGACACUCUUUAGAGAUAUGAAAUCAACUGAUGUCACCAAAGUCGGAAUAGGCAAUGGUGAUUAUAUCUAA